AUGGCCGCGUACCUCGUGGCGAUCGCUCAGUUGCUUCUUUUCUUAUGCCCAGCGUUAGCGUGGGCUCGGCGCUGGUCGGGCGUUGACAAUGCCCUCGAGGUCGAGGGCGAGGUCACCGAGUCCCUCAGUCAGGUCGCCGAAGGUCUUCGACGAAGGAAAAAGAAAUGCACGCCGAAGAAGGUGGAGUCGAUGCGAAAGGCUUUCGCGCGCCUAGGCGGCCUCGGCCCCACCGACUUUGAGCAGCCGAAGCUGGUGCCGCCGCUCACCGCGGAGGAGCACGCCAGCUUCCGGGUCCACACCAUGCAUUACGCAGGCGAGCUGCCGGGCAUCGGCGCUGCCUCGCUGGCGCAGGGCGCGAGGGCGAACCGGUCACUCGCGCGGGGGAGCUGUGCCGGGCAGGUGUAUUCAGUUGCUGCCGCCGCGGACGAGUCCGGCCUGAGCGACGUUGAGAGUUUGGCGUCUUUCCACCAGGGCGGCGCUGCGUGGUUGGAGAGGGUGCCCGUCCAUGAGGACCAGGGAGGCUCUGGCCCCGAUGUGGCCGAGGGCGCCCCUGACAUGGUGGAUCGGGACGAGGUUGGCUGGCACGACGUGGAGGCGAAACUGAUCGGGUGCAGCAAGGAUUGCGCCGCCACGGUGAUGGCCCCCCGAGUUCAGAGCCUCGUGUACGCCUUCCGCAAGUGGGCGACCAGGAAGGGGAGCUCCACCGCCCACCUGCUCGUGGCGGACCCCAGGGGGAAGCUCUAUUGGCUCGACUUUCGUACGCUCCAGGAUUUCAUCUCGAGGGGUCAGAGCACGCAGGCGUGGGGGCUCUUCCUGGUCCGAGCGCCUGGUGCCGGGGCGCAGGAGGGCCCAGGCUCGUGGCUGUUCUCCGAUCUUGCUGGCGGCCCCUUGCCGUGCGACCUGCUGGUGGAGGCGUCGGACGACGGGGGCGGAGAGGGUGCGUGCUCCGCCACGCUCAAGGCCUACAAGAGGUGGCGGAAUCGCGCGGCCACCGCGGUGCCGACCGACUUCUUGCAGGCCACGGUGAUGGAUUCGACAGUGGAGCAGUUCCAGAAGCAGGAGGGUCCCACGUGUGCCGCGCAGGCAGUGGCGAACGUGCUGAACGGGAUGAUGAGGGGGCAGUACGUCGCUGGGCAGGAUGUGCUCGACUACUACUCUGCGAAGAAGAGAGACAAGGGGCUGGUCUGGGGAGAGGCCAGGAAGGUGACGAAGACAAAGGGCAACAAGACCGUGAAGACCACAGCAAAGGUUGGCAACGGAAACGUGCUCAAUGCGCUGAGGAAUUGUGGCGCGCGAGGCAGCGCGAUGUCAUACAAGGUGAGACGAGGCACCCUCGCAGAGAAGAAAUGGUUGCUCAGAGCCAAGGCGGACGAGACAGCCAGGCAAGUGGUGCUGCCGGGCAGAGUGAUGAGCGAGACGUUGUACUCCAAGGCCACGAGCGCAAGCAUUCGCACUGGAGAGGGGCACGUCAAGGAGUGGGCGAAAUUGAAGAUGUGGCUUGACCACUGUGCAGCGGGCAACUGCGGCAUCGUUUUCCAUUUGACAAACCAUUAUGCUCCAAUAUAUGGGUAUCGCGAGCUGAACGGGCAAGUGCAGAUCUUGGUCCCUUCUGCUGGACAGUCCCCUCGCAUGUGGCAGGACUUCCGCACUGUGCGGGAGACCAUCCUGAAGUGGACAGGGCACGCCUUCAUGGUUGGCUUCAUGAGCAAGCCCAGGUCAUGGACGGCUCGGCAGGGUGAAGGCACGACCGUGCACGAGCCCCCCGCGGAAGAAGACGCCGACGUCGGGGACGGCGACGUGGACCCUGGAGAAGAUGGUGACGGCGACGACGACGCAGCGGCGCCCGCGGAGCCCGACGAGGACGGCGAGGACAUGCAGGAAGAGGACGGUGAGCUGAGAGGAGGCAGCGCGCGGGUCGCGGGGCAGGGCCUUGGCUGA